GCGAAAUCUACACGUUACGGAAGAUGCACUUGGAUCUUCUCGGGAUUUUUCCAUUCACUAGUCAUAAAAACAUAAACAAAACUAUGGCAGAUUUUGCAGACUGUGAAGGUCAGUUUGAAGACUAUGAAGGUCAGCUGAUCGACUAUGAGGAAGACAAAGACAUCGAUGAAAUUGAAGAUGAUGAUGAUGACGUAUGGGAUGGAGAUGGAGAGGAAAGUCCAGAGGAAAAUCAAUGUUUGUUUUGUGAUCAGAUAUUUUCUUCUGUAGAUGAAGUAUUUACACAUUGUGAAAAGGAACACUUUUUCAACAUCAUAGACAUUGGAAGAAAAUGGAAGUUAGAUUGUAUACAGUAUAUCAAAAUGAUCAACUAUAUCAGGUCAAAGAAACCAACAUCUCUUGAAAUUACACAAUUGAAAGGAGACAAGCCACUGUGGGACUCAGAUGAUUACCUUAAGCCACACAACAUGGAAGAUGGACUUCUCCAAUAUGAUAUUGAAUAUUUCAUCAGUCAGAAAGUUGGGAAAGAUGUACAAAAUGGAGAAAAGAGUGAAGACUCCAAUGGCAUGGAACAGGGACAUAAACAACAAACACCUGUUGUCAUGACACCAUCUGAAUAUCAAAGCCUCUGUUUGAAGUUACAAGGAGCCAAUGAGAGAGCAGAAUCUGCAGAAACUGAAUUACAGAGGGCUUUACAUGACCUUCAGAAAAUGAGAACCAUGGUACAGAAUCUGGUGAUGUCACAGCCAAAUGAACCAAUCAAACCAGAGAGUGCAGUACAUACCUUGACAGAAGAUGAAGAUGAGGAGUAUUUCGGAUCUUAUGCUCAUUUCAGUAUUCAUGAAGAUAUGUUAAAGGAUAAAGUUAGAACAGAAGGUUAUCGUGAUUUUAUGUACAAGAACAAAGAUCUAUUUAAAGAUAAAGUUGUCCUGGAUGUGGGAUGUGGAACUGGUAUCCUGUCCAUGUUUGCUGUAUGUGCUGGAGCUAAACAGGUGAUAGCUGUUGACCAAUCGGAUAUUGUUUACCAAGCCAUGGAUAUUGUCAGGGAAAACAAUCUUCAGGACAAGAUAACUAUAUUAAAAGGCAGAAUUGAGGAUGUAAAACUUCCUGUAGAAGAAGUAGACAUUAUAAUAUCAGAAUGGAUGGGAUAUUUCUUACUGUUUGAAUCUAUGUUAGAUUCUGUGUUGUAUGCAAGAGACAAAUAUCUAAAAAUAGAUGGAUCAGUUUAUCCAGAUAAAUGUAACAUUCAGUUGGUAGCCAUUGAUGACAAAGAUGUCCAUGAUAAACACAUUGCAUUUUGGGAAAAUGUGUAUGGUUUUAAAAUGAGUUGUAUGCAAGCUGAUGUUGUAAAAGAAGCUAGUGUAGAUAUUGUGAAACCAGAUACAAUUAUUUCUGAACCUGCUGUUAUUAAGGAAUUAGACUGCCGCCUUUGUAAGUUUGGUGAUUUACAAUUCAAACAAGACUUUCAGUUGUCAUUGGCAACAAAAGGGGAGAUAACUGCUGUCAUUGGUUAUUUUGAUAUUCACUUUGAUAGAAAUUGUGGCAACAAGGUUAUGUUUUCUACUGGACCCAAAGAAACACCAACACAUUGGAAACAGACUGUAUUCCUGUUAGAAAAAUUCAUACCUGUACAAAAAGGUGAAAUAGUGAAAGGUACAGUCCACUGCAGGAAGAAUAAAAAAGAUCCCCGAGCAUUACUGAUAACACUCAGCAUACAGGAUCAAUCACAAACUUAUCUUAUGCAAUAAAAAAAUGUCUUUUUAAUGAA